UUUUUGUUACUGUUUUCUCUUUUCCUGUGAUGCACUUCAUUAAUAGAAAAAUAAACGUGAAUACUUAUUAAUGAGUCUUAGUUCUUAUAUUUUGACUAGGCAUUGGGUAUUUAUAGAAUUAAGCAGUUGAUGGUUUUGUGCUGUUUGCCUCUUUACCAUUUCAGUUUUGUAUACCCCCUCCGUUCCAAAAUAUUAGUUGUUUUGGCUCUUCUAGGUGCAUAGGUUUUGUUAUGCAUCUGGAUAUAUGUUUUGUCUAGAUGCAUAACAAAAUCUAUGUAUCUAGAGAAGCCAAAACAACUAUUAAUUUGGGACGGAGGGAGUAGAUGAUUUGGAUAUCUUUAUAUACUGAGUAGAUCAUCACUUUUUGCUGAUUACUUGAAAGUGUUCGAUACUUUUUUUAUCAGAACUGAAAAUUUGAUGGUAGUAACAACGUUUCUGCUUAACCUUAGUGUAAGAUUGGGUAUAAUGCGUAGGAUGUAUUGCAUUGAGCCUCUAGGGUGAAUAUAUAGGAUUACAUGGCUUGCAGGGCAAGUAGUCUCUCCUAGAGAUAUGGAAGGUUAUCCCAGGAUUAUAAUCAAUCCUAAACUAACCAUAUCCGGAGUUGCGUAAUAUAACACUUAGAAAAGAUUGACAAAAGCACUGCAAUCAUGGAGUCAGAAACAGGUCGGCAACAUAAAUGCUCAGUUGGCACUUGCUCAACACAUUCUGUACAAUCUUGAAUUAGCCCAAGAUAAUCGAGAGCUGUCUCUUGAGGAAAAUUGGCUGAGACACAAUCUGAAAAGGCAUUGCUUGGUUCUGGCCUCCUUAGAUAGAACCAUUGCUCGCCUUCGCUCAAGAAUACAGUAUCUGAAUGAAGGUGAUGCAAACACAUCCUUUUUUCAUAAACAAGCUGGCUUCCGAUAGCGUAAGAACUUCAUUCCAAAACUUGUGGUGGAAGAUAGGGUAGUCACUACUCAAGAGGACAAGCACCGGAUCCUCCUGGAACAUUUUGAGGGAGAUCAUGGACAGGCAAGUGUUACUAACCUUGGGGAUUAGAGAAGACAAUCUGCCAUUAGGGAAGGAGUCUCUAUAUAGAACCCACAUGGGCCAUAUGGGCCUUUAGUGUAUAUGGGCCUUUGAUAUACUGCAACACCUUUAACAACAAGAACAAGAUCGAUAACGCUGGAAUUAGCCACUUUCCAUCGUGCAGGAAUUGAUCUUUCAGUUCAGGAUGUACCUUUUUCAGAGGAUGAGGUUUGGGCCACUGUAAAGGCCCUACCUGCUGAUCGGGCGCCGGGUCCUGAUGGUUUCACUGGCCGUUUCUAUAAAUCUUGCUGGCGGAUUAUUAAAGGUGAUUUGAUGGCAGCAUUGGUGUCUCUACAUCAAGGUGAUUUGAGGUAUUUGGAGUUGUUAAACUCAGCAUAUCUAGCUCUAAUCCCAAAGAAACCUGAGGCACUAGAAGCAAAGGACUACCAUCCUAUCAGUCUAGUUCAUAGUUUUGCAAAGCUGGUCACCAAGCUUUUGGCUAAUCAGUUGGCCCCGCUGCUGAAUAAUUUGGUCGCAACCAAUCAGAUUGCUUUCAUCAGGGGCAGGUGUAUACAUGACAACUUCAUGUUAGUACAACAGAGCAUCAAAGUACUUCGUCAUCGUAAGAUCUCAAGCCUAUUCUUAAAACUGGAUAUUUCUAAGGCUUUCGAUUCAGUGGACUGGUCCUUCUUAUUGGAAAUAUUUGUUAGACAGCUGUAUUAGGCCGGCCUCAUGGGCCUUUGGUGUUGUGCCGCACGGGCCUUGUGCCGUGUCACCGUGUGUUCACUUUGGGUAACCUAGGGUGAUUAGGACUAGAUUAGGCAAGGAUCUCCGCUAAUUGGUAUUGUUCUAUAAACCCUGGGACAUCCUUGCCUAUAUAUCUUGUACCUGUGCUUUGCACCCUAAUCAAUCUAUUAUCUUCUCGGCCAUAUUCGCUUUCAUGGUAUCAAGAGUCCAGGUUUCCCCUGUUAUUCUCCUCCUUCCGCUGCCCUAGCUGCCCGCCACCUUGGCUGCGCCCUUGGUUGGAACCCUCCCUCCUGCCGCCUGCGAUCAGGACGCCACUGACGCUGCUGCCGCCAAGGCCGCGCGCGAUGCCGCCCUGAAGGAAGCCGAAGCCGCGGAACAGGAGGCGGCUGCCGCCGGGCAGGAGCACGACGCCACCGCCACUCGAACGCGCGCCGCCGCUCGAUAGAAGGCCGCAGCCGCCGUUCCUGAUCCAGACGGCGCCCGCGCGAGCGACGACGCCCGCGACAGCAGCGACGUCGCCACGCCCGUCUCCGAUCCCGAUCGUGCCGUCUUCGACCACGCCGUGCUGCUCCAAUGAAGCCGCGGCCCUUCUCAACCUUCACGCCCAAGCCGUCGCCGUCAACAUCAAGAGCAUCGUCCACGUCAUCCAUGACGUCAUCUCCGGCAGUUAUGCGCAGUGGCGUGAACAGUUCGUCCUUGCCGUCGGCAAGUACUCCCUCCAGGACCACAUCUUCUCCAACGUCGCCUCGCCCGGGAAUCCCGACUGGGCGCGCAUGGACUGCGUCGUCCGGUCCUAGAUCGCUGGCACGAUCUCCCACGAUCUUGCCGACGCCGUCCUCGUGCGCAACUCCACUGCGCGCUCAGCGUGGCUCGCCGUCGAGACCCAGUUCCAUGGGAAUCGUGAGACACGCGCCCUUCAUCUCGAUGCCGCAUUCCGGAACUUUGUUCAAGGUGAUCUCUCUGUUACAGAUCACUGCAAGAAGUUCAAAUAGUUGGCGGCCAAACUUUGCGAGCUCGGCGAGCCCGUCACCGACCGCACGCUGGUGCUCAACGUGCUGCGCGGCCUCAACGAGCGCUAUGCCGCUCUCGGGAUGCAUCUCCACCGCGGCCGGUCGUUCCCCUCCUUCCUGGAGGUCAGGAACGAUCUUCUUCUGGAGUUCACCGCCGCCAACUGCGCCACCGCGCCCUCCACCGCCCUCGUCGCCUCGGCGCCCACAGCCUCCCGGCCUCCUGCGCCGGCCCCUGCGCCCAAGUCGGGCUCCCGCUCUCGGGGUGGAUCUGGGGGCUCCGGCGGCUCCUCCAAGUCCCGCCGCAGCAAGCGCGACAACGGCUCUGGCGGCGGCGCCGACGGCGCCACUUCUUCCAACGGCGGCGGCGGCGGCAUGGGGGCCUCUGCACCUCCACCGGGACUCCAGCGGCACUUGGGCCGUGGCCCUCCCUGCUGAACCCCUGCACCGGGUCCAUUCAUAUGUGGCCCGGCCAGUAGGGGUCCACUCCUCGACCCGGCCCGCAGCCGCAGCAGGCCAUGCUGGCCCAGCAAGCGCAAGCCCAGAUGCUGCAGGCCCAGCACGCCUAGUUUCUAGCCCAGCACGCCCGGUUGGUUUGGCUUAACUGAAUACCUUGAACUUUGGGACAUGUUGGCAAGUGUUUCUCUCAAUGACAAUGAAGACACUCAUAAGUGGAAACCUGAAGCCUCGGGUUUAUUUUUGACAAGAUCAGCCUAUAGGAAUUUUUUUACCGGCUCAAUCACCAUUGAACCUUGGAAGAAAGUAUGGAAGUCUUGGGCACCUGGGAAAUGCAAAACAUUUGUGUGGCUGGCUAUCCAGAAUCGUUGUUGGACUGCAGAUCGUUUACAAAAAAGAGGUCUUCCUCAUCCUGAGCGUUGCCCUUUUUGCGAUCAGGAGGAUGAAAACAUUCAGCACAUUCUCAUCUCAUGUGUUUUUGCAAGGCAAUUCUGGUAUGCCAUCUUGCAGCCCAUAAACUUGAGUCGGUUGACACCCACAAGGAGUGUGAAUAAUUUUGCUGACUGGUGGAAACAUUCUGAGAGGAGACUUCCUUAACAGCACAGGAAGGGUUUUAACUCCUUGUGUAUACUUGGGGCCUGGAUUCUUUGGAAGCAUAGGAAUGCUUGUGUGUUCGAAGGAGCUUCUCCAAACCUGCAGGUGGCGGUGCAAGCCUUCAAGGAGGAGUCCCACCUGUGGCAAUUCUUAGGGGCCAAAAAGCUUACUGCCCUAAGCCCCGAGAUGGGUAUGGUGCAGGCCUAGAAGAUGGUCAUGUUGUGGUCUGGUCCUAUGUUUCAUGUUUUUAUGUAUUAGUCUUUUAUCCUUGAUCUUUGCAUUCCUCACUCUAGUCCAAGGUGUGGAAUGUUUCUUUGUAUUUGGAGUAUUCUUUCUCUCUUAAUAUAAAGAUACGCAGCUCUCCUGCGUGCUCGAGAAAAAAAAACACUUAGAAAGUUCAUCACUUAGUUCUACAUUUGAGUACAAUUACAG